AACAUCACCACAAUGUAGAGGAACGGAGUUGGCCUGAUCAAGAAAAGUGGACGACGAAGUCAAAAGAAAGGAAAGCGCGGAUUUCCAUAAGUUUUGGAUUCUGGAAGAAACUCGCAGCUUUUGACCACCGAUCUAAGCUGCCGUCCACUGUGGCUUCGACUACAUUUACCAGGAGCGAGGAGCGAGGAGCGAGGGAGAGAAACAGAGAGAGGGAGAGGGAGAGCAAUGGCAUUGGCGGCUAACCAGCAGCAGCAAGGCGUGAACCCGAGAAGUGGGUUCUGUCCGUCCAAUUCCAUCUUCUAUAGCAAGCGGAAACCGGUUGCGUUCCCCGUCGACGACCAGCUGGACGUCGCCACUUUCAUUUCCUCGCGUGCCCACUCCGGCAAGAUCGCCCUCAUCGACGCGGAAACCGGCGAGAAGAUCACCUACCCUCAGCUCUGGUCCAUGGUUCAUUCCCUCGCCGACGGCCUCUCCUCCGUCGGCGUUCGCCAGGGAGACGUCGUCCUCAUCCUCUCCCCCAACUCCAUCCACUUCCCCAUCGUCUUCCUCGCCGUCAUGUCCCUCGGCGCCAUCCUCACCACCACCAACCCUAUCAACACCGCGGCGGAAAUCGCCAAGCAGGUCCGAGACUCCCGUCCCAGCUUGGCCUUCACAACAUCGUCGCUCCUCCCCAAACUCAAGGGCACCAAUCUCCCCGUCAUCCUACUGAACCACGACGCCGACACCGAGACCCUGCCCACCACCGCCCUCAAGAUCGUGACCACGAUUGCCGGACUCCUGAACGGCCGACACCGCCGGUGCCCGCGGCCGCGGAUCCACCAGGAUGACACGGCCACGCUCCUCUACUCAUCGGGCACCACCGGGUUGAGCAAGGGCGUGAUCUCGUCCCACAGGAAUCUGAUCGCCAUGGUGUCGGUAAUCAUGGGGAGAUUUCGCCUGGACUCUGGCGACGGCUUGGAGACGUUCCUGUGCACGGUGCCCAUGUUCCACGUCUACGGACUGGCGGCGUUCGCGUCGGGACUGCUGGGUUCCGGCGGGACCAUCGUGGUGCUUUCGAGGUUCGACAUGGGAGCGAUGCUGGAGGCGAUCCAGAGGUACCGGGUGACGUACCUGCCGCUGGUGCCGCCCAUCCUGGUGGCGCUCGCCAAGAGUCCGGAGGUGCGCCGCUUCGACCUGGGCUCGCUCGGGAAGGUGCUGUCCGGCGGAGCGCCGCUGGGCAAGGAGCUGAUGGAGGAGUUCGUGGCCCGCUUCCCCUCGGUCUCGGUGCUGCAGGGGUACGGCCUUACGGAGUCUACGGGGAUCGGGGCGUCCACCGACACGGCCGACGAGAGCCGGCGGUACGGGACGGCAGGGCUUCUGUCGGCCAACAUGGAGGCGAGGAUCGUGGAUCCCGAGACGGGGGAGGCGCUGGAGACGAAUCAGAAAGGAGAAUUGUGGUUGCGGGGACCCUCAAUUAUGAAAGGUUAUUUUUCCAAUCCAGAGGCGACGGCCUCAACGUUGGACUCUGAAGGGUGGCUCAGAACUGGAGACCUUUGCUACAUAGAUGAGGACGGCUACAUUUUUGUAGUAGACAGGCUCAAGGAGCUGAUUAAAUACAAGGGAUAUCAGGUUGCUCCUGCUGAAUUGGAGGCGUUGUUGCACACUCAUCCGGACAUAUCCGAUGCUGCUGUCAUACCUUUUCCUGACAAGGAAGUCGGCCAGUACCCUGUGGCAUAUGUAGUGAGAAAAGCUGGAACAAGUGUAUCAGAAGACGUGAUCAUCAAAUUUGUGGCAAAACAGGUCGCUCCUUACAAGAAAAUCCGGCGAGUUUCAUUUGUCAGCGAGGUCCCCAAGAAUGCUUCUGGCAAGAUACUGAGGAAGGAUCUCAUCAAGCUAGCAACUAAUUCGAGGCUCUGAUCUUAUCUAUGCCAGAUGAAUCAUAUAUUUUUGCAGGAAAUGGUUGCACCAUAAGCACGUUCGGGCUCUCAUGUAUAAGAAGGGAGGAGCUGCAGCUUCUCUGUGUUUCCAAAUAAGUAUACGAUGUCGCCUAGUUUCCUAAAAGGAUUAAUAGCCAUUGCUCGCACUCAAUGAUAUAACUGGUUUCUGCACUA